AUGCGUACUCCAUCACGAAAAGCGACAAUUAUUUUUGUUGGCAUCUUACUUUUAUUUUUAUUAUCUUUUGUUUCCGCAGAACUAGAUAAAAGAGAUCCACAAGAAGAACCACCAAAAGAGCCAGCUGAUGGUGGUAAUGGCAAACAACCAGCUGAUGGUGGCAAUGCCAAACAACCAGCUGAUGGUGGUAAUGGCAAACAACCAGCUGAUGGUGGUAAUGCAAAACAACCAGCUGAUGAUGGUAAUGCAAAACAACCAGCAGCAGGUGGUAAACAACCAGCAACGAAACAACCUACAGCAGGAAGUAAUCCUGUAAAUGGAACGGAUGUACCACCACCAUAUGAUCCUUUAAUGCCAACAGUACAAGUUCUAAUUACUGAACCAAAAGUAGCAAAAGAUAUAUUAUAUAAAAUAGGAGCAAAUAUUACGUUUGAGUGGAAAUAUAGUUCAAGUUUCUAUAUUAAACCAAAAUACAUUAUGGUUAAAGCGCAACCAAGUAUAAACCUAAAAUCUUUUUUUACAAUAGCAAAUAUUACCGUUAAUGAAACGCAACACGUGGUUUGGAAUACUGCUGCUGAAGGUACUUUACCUAUGUCUAAAUAUAAAUUAUUGAUUAGUGAUGAAGGAGGCAUGGAUGCUAUUCCUAAAGCUGGUGCUCUUCAACCCUUUUCAAAUUUAAUUUUUGGUUUAUAUCAAUCACAAGAUUAUGAACCAUUUUCUUGUCCAAGUUGUAGCAAUGUUGCUACUUCAAACCAAAUAAUUCCAUUAUUUAAUACUAUUGGUUUAACAUUAAUUACAAUAAUGUCAUUAAGUUUUAUACUGAUUUAA